AUGGCUCACAAGCUGCAAGUGGGAGUUUGCUCCUUGGGGCGAGGGCUCAGAGCCAAGAGUGGAGCAUCACCUGGCGAAGUCUUGUUGAAAGAGAAGCCCUUAAUGAUCUGGCAGCGAGGGACUUCCACCACUGAGACGGUCCACAUGGCACUUGCAGCCUUUGAGGAGUUACCACGUGAGACGCAAGACCUCAUUCGGAGCUUGCAUUGUCCAAAGCCAUUGCCACCGGCCAUCCGAAGCCUUCCACACUUCAGAGCAGAGGAGUUGCAACUGGCGGCCACCUUGGAGGUGUGUCAAACACGCACGGCCUUGGCGACCCAGGCAGCUCUCUUCCAUCACGUGGCCCGUGCGAAUCACCAUUGUCGACCCAACAGCGCCAUCCGCGUGAGCCGUGCCGACCCGUGCGCCACCACCGUGCGCUUCGUGGCACUGCGACGCAUCGCAGAGGGAGAGGAGGUCACAAUCUCCUACCUCCGUGAGGAUCUGCUGAUUUUGCCAUGGACACUUCGGAGGAGACGGUUGAGGGCUUGGGGCUUCGAGUGCUCUUGCGCGCGUUGCAGGGCUGAGGCAAAGGAAUGGGAGGACUGGAAAAAAACACCUCCGCUCCCACUCGUGAAAGCAACCCACAUCUCCAAAGAACAACUGGAAGCUUCAUGGUGGCGCGACCGCCAACGCCUAGACCUCGGCGUUAGCGCCGAGGCGCGGCUGCGACGCUGGGCCUUGGGUUUGGGUGGCCCGGAACGCUGGCGUCAGCGCGCAGCGCGCUUGCGGCGGCGUGGGUGGCAGGAAGAAGUGCUUUGCUUUCAUCGGAGGCUUUGCGAAGAGCUCAUCACACUGUGUCAAGGGCUGCAAACUAGAGACGCUCGAACUGAAGUUUCUGAAGCGAAGGUGCAUCGUGCUUGGCGCCGGCAUGUUUGGCCUCGGCAUCAUCGUUUGUUGAGCUACAGUGCCCGGGAGGCUUGUGAGAUUCAUCUCUGGCGUGGUGAGGUGGCGAAGGCCUUGGAAGCAGCGAAGACCUGGCGCUUUUGCGUGCACCAACUGCUGGGGACCACUCGAUGCACCGAAGCAUUCCUGGCGCAGGAAGUCCAGGGUGCGCUUUGGGAAGCCCAAGGUUUUCACAAAAGGGCCUGGAUGCUGUACAAGAAGAUUCUGAUGGAGGCCGAGCCUUUGUGGAAUGCCUGGGAUGAAGAAGAUUUCUUCGUGCCCUACUUGAAGCAGCACAUCGCCCAGUUGUCGCAACGACCCGUUUCGUAUGAAAUACGGACAUCGUCAACGUCUCGUUGA